GUAAGUGGUGUGACGGGGAGGUGGACUGCGAGGACGGGUCAGACGAGUCCAAUUGUCCUGUUACCUGUGGUCCCGGUCACUUCACCUGCGGGACUACUGAGUGUAUCUCCCACAGCCAAGUGUGUGAUGGACACCACGAUUGUCUUCAGGGUGAUGAUGAAGCAGACUGCCAGAUGGGAGAGGAGUGUGAGAACCUAUCAUGCUCGUACGCUUGUAAGGACAUGGAGGAAUCCUGCCUCUGCCAGCUAGGAUUCACCCUCGCUGCCGACAACACCACAUGCGUUGACGUGGACGAGUGUGCAGUGUUUCGGCCGUGUUCACAGCUGUGUGAGAACAUCGAAGGCGGCUUCAGAUGUACCUGUGUUGAGGGAUACUCCCUGAGACCCGACCUGUUCACCUGUAAGGCACAAGGACCUGUACCUACCCUCAUCUUCGCUAACAGGGGAGACAUACGCCAGAUCAGCAUCGACGGGAAGGAGUACUCUAGCGUGGCGGCCGGGCUACAGAACGCUAUAUCCAUCGACUACCAUUACUACCUCAACCUUGUGUUCUGGACCGACGUCUCCCUCGACACUAUCAUGAGGGGUUAUCUUAACGGGUCGGGAGAAACAGCUAUCGUGAGGUGGGGACUGAGGAUGCCCAGCGGUAUAGCAGUGGAUUGGGUUAACGAUCACGUGUAUUGGCUGGACAGCAUGACGUACAGGAUUGAAGUAGCUCAUCUGGACGGGUCGUGUCGGCGGCCGCUGGUGUGGACCAACUUACAGAAGCCCCGCGCCUUACUGCUGCACCCCGCCAGAGAACUCCUCAUCUGGACAGACUGGGGAACGAACCCAAGGAUUGAGCGAGCUUACUUGGACGGGUCGGAGCGGCAGGUGAUCAUCGGGGAAGAAUUGUACUGGCCCAACGGCAUCACCAUCGACUACCCCACCGAGACGCUCUACUGGGUGGACGCCAAACAACAGGCGAUAGAGGCUGCCCAGAUCGACGGUACUAACAGAAGAAAGAUACUGGGAGGACUGCCACACCCCUUCGCCAUCACGGUGUUCGAGGACUACCUCUACUGGACCGACUGGCGCACUCGCUCCAUCCACACCGUCAAUAAACGCACGGGCAAGGGACACACUGACAUCCACAAGAGACUUGCCUUCCCCAUGGACAUCCACUGUAUGCACCGGGAGCGUCAACCUAUACCACUGGCGUCUGAGCGUCGGGGUUGCAGCCUCGACAACGGGAACUGUUCGCACCUAUGUUUACCUGGCCAACACACCUACACCUGUUACUGCCCCCACGGUCUCCUCCUCCUCCCAGACAAAAGAAAGUGCAGCCCCUGGCCAGACCGCGCCCUUGUGUUCGCCCAGAGGAACAACCUGAGGAUGAUCUCGUUGGAAGGUGCUCUGAAGGGCAGCUCCUCGGCGGACAUAGAGACCCACGACCAGCCUAUGAUGGAUAAUGUGGUGCCUGUAGACGGGGUGAUGUCGGCCGUAGCUCUUGACUUCUACACUGAAGAAGACUUGUUAUACUGGACUGACAUUGAAACCAAGACCAUUAGUCGAGCUCACCUGAACGGUUCAGCGCAGGUCAUGGUGGUGAUGAAUGAUCUAGAGCUUCCGGGAGGUGUAGCUGUAGACUGGAUCACCCGUAAGCUGUACUGGACGGACGCUGGCACCAAACGUAUUGAAGUCUCUAACCUAGACGGCUCCAUGCGCUCCCUCCUCAUCUGGAAGGGACUCGACAAACCCAGAGACAUCGUUGUUGACCCCCAAGAUGGGUACAUGUUCUGGACGGACUGGGGUAAGAGCGCCAUGAUCGAGCGAGCGGGGAUGGACGGUGGGCAGCGGAUGAAGUUGGUGGAGACGGACCUCAUGUGGCCCAACGGUCUGGCUGUGGACCACGCCCGUCGCCUCCUAUACUGGCUCGACGCCUCCAGCAACACCAUCGAGACGGCUAACUUGGACGGCACGGACAGGAAGCCUCUUAUUAAGGGGGAGUUGUCUCAUCCCUUCGGCCUGGCAUUGUGGGAGGACCUCAUAUUCUGGUCAGACUGGGACACUAGGAGCAUCCACGUCGCUAACAAGCUAACAGGGAAUGACCGCCAGACUGUUGUCAAGGGGAUGAAAGGUUUGAUGGACGUACGAGUGUUCCAGCGAGGACAGCCGAUCAAAGAGACGGCGUGUGACUAUGACAACGGCGGCUGUUCACACCUCUGCCUCCUGAGCCCCGGCCCUAACGCCUACACCUGUGCCUGUCCCACUGGCAUCAAUCUACAGGACGACCAACACACUUGUUUUGAUGCCCCGAAAUUCUCGCUGCUAUUCGCUCAACGUGAGGACAUCCGCCAGCUCUCCCUCGACACCCCCUACCUCGCCGACGUGGUUCUCCCCCUCACUGGCUUCCAACACGUGGUAGCCCUUGACGUGGACCCCGUCACAGGAGACAUCUUCGUGCCGGACAGUGCAGCGGCCGUCAUCUUCAGAGCUUACCGUGACGACCGCAAGAUGACCCGUUUGGUGAAGUCCUCCAUCGACUGUGUAGAGGGCCUCGCCGUUGACGCCACUGGCAGGAAGAUGUACUGGACCGACCUGAAGCGUCAGUCUGUGGAGGUGAGCGAGCUGGACGGCAGUAACAGGCGGGUGUUGUUUACUGGCCUGGACCACCCGCGAGCCAUCACCACCCACUACCCCACCGGCAGGCUCUUCUGGACCGACUGGGGGGAGACCUACCCAAGGAUUGAGGCCGCUGACAUGGACGGUAAUAACAGGAAAGUCUUGGUGGACACUAACAUCAUGUGGCCCAACGGACUCUCAGUGGACUGGCAUGAGCGUCAACUGUACUGGACUGACGCCAAAGCCAACGUUAUCGAGGCUAUUGGACUGAAUGGCAGGAACAGACGCACAGUGAUCGCAGACCUGCCUCACCCAUACGGAGUUAGUGUACAGGCAGUGGGUGCUUAG